CGGAUCUUUACUUCCAGAAGUACCCCCCCCUUCGCAGAGACACAAGACCAUCUCAGAUACAACCCGGCACAACAGGAUGCAUCAUGUCGUGAAUUGCACCACCUCCUCUCUUGCCCAUUUUGCCUCACUUUCUCGCCUAUCCCGCACCAUUUCAUGAAGAGACUUCCUUACAUCAACAUAAGGUUCGACCGGUAUCACCAAGACGGAAACUAGACCUCUCAGACCAUGAACUCUUUGCAGUAGUACCGUUGCGGCCCUGGGCCCUGCUAAAGAUGGGCGCUAUCCCAGCCGAUAUUUUCACAUGUCCCAUGACACCAUGGCCCUCUUUGGGACACCGACUGUUACAUCUCCUACACCUUCUCGACGCGCGCGUGCUCGGCCUUUUUGGUGGUCCUGGAUCCUUCGCAUGCGACCAACCCAAGCUCCGGGUAUCGCGUCGUCCACUUUGCUGCACUCACACCGCGGCUCAGAUAUGAUGGAGACAAGAAGGAGACAAACCAUGCGUCUGAGUCUUGUGUGGAAUACGGCUCGGCACUAGUCUCCGGACAGGCAGCCGUUAUACAACGGCAGACCCACGUUUUACCCUCCGCUUCAGCAUCUUGACCCCUUAGAAACGACCGGUCACCACCAAGCGGCCAUCUGGUAACGUCUGGCAUGCGCCGUUUCGUGCAGCUAGUAUAUCUCCCCUGCAUUCCCGUUCCUGUGCCUCUGCCUGCCUCCUAGGCACUAGCUCUGUAUCCGCAAACUCUCCUGUCGCUUGCCCGACUCACCCGCUCGCCUCGGGGCAAUAUUUCCGCUGCGUCUAUCUACCGGUGUUUUCUAAAACCGCUUGUCCGUCGUCAUCGUUCUGGUGUAAAGAGUUAAGUCCUCGUUCUCUCUUCCUCUGUUUACUUCGAGUGCCGGACCUUGUGUCCUGAAUACCUGACUCGGACCUGCAUGCUUUGCAAAAGCCUCCGGCCUGUUCCUACCCAACCCAGGCAUCCAUCCACCCACCCGAGCCAUGAGGUUCAUCAAGACAAUAGCCAUGCUGGCUGCUAUGGGCUCCGAUAUUGGAAUCGGUGCUGCGUCGGUGUUUAGGCCUACCAAACCACCAGCCGUUCCACUGGCCGUCAGAUCGCCAUAUCUGAAUGCCUGGCUACAGGGCGAAUCAGGAUGUGUGCUACCUGGCGAGUGGCCACGCUUCUGGACGGGAGAUAUCCAAGGAUGGCAAGGAUAUGUGGCAGUCGACGGCGUUGCCUAUAACUGGAUGGGGGGCGCCCCUGGCCCAGGCCCAGUCAACCAGCUAUCACUGGAGUACACCUCAACAAAAAGCAUCUUCACCUUUGAUGUGGCCCAAAAGAUCACCCUGACUGUCACUUUCCUCUCGCCGGUAUACCCUGACGAUAUACAGCGGCAGUCUCUGCAGUUCUCAUACGUAACUGUCACGGCAAAAUCCUCUGAUGGGGCCUCGCACAAGGUCCAGGUAUACAUGGAUGUGUCUGGCGAAUGGGCCAGUGGUGACAAUUCCGAGAAGGUGCAGUGGGAAUUUGGCACCGAGAGUAAUCUUUACUAUCUCAAGUUCUGGCGCGAGAAUCAGCACGAGUUCAAAGAAGCCAACGAAAUUGCAAGUUGGGGAAAUUGGUAUCUCAGUACCGGAUUCCAUGAAGGUUUGACGUGGCAAAUUGGUCAAGAUACCACCGUGCGGAACCAGUUUGCUGGCAACCUGACUCUCAGUAACUCCCAGGAGUCUGAAUUUCGCCCGGUCAGCGAGAACUGGCCUGUGUUUGCGUUCUCUCAUGAUUUGGGCAACAUCAAGGACGACGAGGUUGAAAGGAUCUUCACCCUCGGUCUUAUCCAGGAUAAUGUCAUCCACUUUGCCAGACAAAACAACACCCUGGAGCCUGUCCAGGGACUGUGGAUGUCCUUUUACAACAACAGUGACAUGGAGGCUGUGGUCUCUUUCUACAACGACUACAGGCAUGCCGUAGAGACAAUGUCACUCCUAGACCAACGGAUUGAGAAGGAUUCGGUGGAGGUAGCUGGGCAGAACUACUCCCUUAUCACUACACUUGCUCUUCGCCAGACUUUCGGUGCUUUCCAAUACGCCGGAACGCCGGAGAAUCCAUAUAUUUUCCUCAAAGAAAUCAGCUCCAACAGUGACAUUCAGACAGUUGAUGUCAUAUUCCCGGCGUUCCCAAUAUUCGUUUACCUCAAUGCCACCUUGAGCAGAUAUCUCCUGGACCCUUUGUUCGAACACCAAGAAAGUGGUUCAUACCCCAACAAAUAUGCCGAGCAUGACUUGGGUACCUUCCCUGUGGCCAAAGGCUACCCCAGCGGAGACGACGAGGCCAUGCCAUUGGAGGAAUGUGGUAACAUGAUCAUCAUGUCACUAGCAUAUGCUCAACGCACCGGCGAUACGGGGUACCUAACAGCCCACUACCCAAUACUGGCACAGUGGGCUCAGUAUUUGAUCGAGGACUCGCUUGUUCCUGCCAACCAGUUGAGCACUGAUGACUUUGCUGGAACAUUAGCAAACCAGACCAACCUGGCCAUCAAGGGCAUCAUCGGCCUCAAGGCCAUGUCCCAGAUUGCCCAGCUCACCAACAACACGGACGACUUCAAAGACAAGGCCGAGGACUAUCUUAUGACUUGGAAAGCGUAUGCCAUCAACUAUGACGCCAGUCCACCUCACACUACGCUAAGCUACGGAGACAAAGACAGCCAUGGAAUUCUCUACAACAUCUACGCAGACAGGCUGCUGGGCCUCCAGUUCGUUGACCAGUCUGUCUUUGACAUGCAGAGCGACUUUUACCUGACCGUGGCGAACGAGUACGCUGUCCCGCUUGAUACAAGACACACCUGGGCAAAGUCAGACUGGGAAAUGUUUGCGGCGGCGGUGGCUAAGAACGAGACCAAGGAGAUGUUUAUCGACAAGCUGGCGGAGUGGGUGGGGAAGACUACGACCAACAGGGCGAUGACGGACUUGUUUGAUUCGAUUACGGGUGAUUACCCGUCGGGAGGGCCGACGUUUGUGGCGAGACCGGUGAUGGGGGGGAUGUUUGCUUUGUUGGCUUUGCCAAAGGAGUAGAAUGAGAUGGUGGGGUAGGGAAGGGAAGAGAAGGGGUGUGUGUUUUGCUCUGGAAAGAAACAAGGUGUGAUGGCGAGGGGAUUAGCUUGGCUAGUGUUGAUUGAGUGGACCCUUAAACCAUAUAAGAGGUUGGGUGUUGGUGUUUCUUGUGUAGUGAUGCGGUGAUGUUUUAUGUUAUGAGCGAUAGUAAUGGGACAAGAGCUUAUGAAAUAGAGAGUGUAGUCUAUUCAGAAUUCAUCAAAGCACGCUUACCUAUGACAUCUCUUUCAUUCCAGCAUAGAGGUAGAUAGAGCAGGGCUUCGUUAUGAUA